CACAAAUAUUAUUUUGACAUCUCAGACUCCUCCACAACUGUUUAAACUAGUAUUUUUUAAAACUUAUCUUAGUUUUAUCUUCAACUUCUUGUAGUUUUAACUGUUUUGAGUGUUCAUAAAUGGUUUACCAGCUUCUAUCCAAGAUUCCACCACACGUUUAUGUCUAAUUUAAAGAACUUAUCAAUGUAUAAAAAUGGGAGUUUGGGCUUAAGAGAUUAAUGAAUCAAUUGGCAGGCCAGACUUUGGCAUCUGGCCCCCAGACCGCCAGUUGAACAACCCUGGUCUACGGAGAUGGUAAGUGUGGUUUGAUUAAAUGUCACACCGGCCUGCCAUACAACGUCUCCACUUCGUCCACGGUCGUGACGUGUUUCCUGGGGCUUGUACGGACCACUCAGUGGUACACCGGAGGGGUAUCAUGAGUGCUUAUAUCACCAGCAGCAGUCGUCUUCUUCUCCAGUCGCUUCACCGUGUCGUCGUCGGCGGAAGAACCCCGGUGUGAGACAACAAGUCGGCUCGAGCAGGAUGUAAAAAGGAAGCGGGUGAGCUGCGACCUUCCGUGUCUUUGUGUCUCCGUGCACCUGCAUGUGCUGUGAGCAGCCCCGGACUGCUGGAGAGCUGCUUCGCUCGGUGACUGUGCUGCAUUAGGAGACCCCCCCACCCCACCACCAUGGCUGCCGGCCCUUCAUCUCCCUCCGCAGACCGCAGGCUCGGGCUGCUGGAGCUGCUAACCGGGGCCGUGUUGGUGUUCCUGGGUUUUGGGCUGGGGUCGGCGCUGGGUCAGGAGGUCUACACCAACACGUGGGCUGUCCACAUACCCGGAGGUUCGGAGGAAGCUGAUCGAGUUGCCCAAAAACACGGUUUUAUCAACCACGGACAUGUAUUUGGUGACUAUUAUCACUUCCGGCAUCGCACUGUGGUUAAGAGAUCGCUGUCAGUUCACAGAGGGACACAUGUUCGACUACAAAAAGAUCCCAAGGUAACUUGGGCAGAGCAACAGGUGUCAAAACGGAGGAAAAAGAGAGAUACYGAAGUGGAAUUUAUAGACCCCAAGUAUAAAGAACAGUGGUACCUGUACAACAACAACCACAAUGACUUAAACGCAAAAGGUGCGUGGGCUUUAGGCUACACAGGAAGAGGUGUAGUCGUGUCCAUCCUAGAUGAUGGAAUAGAGAAGAACCAUCCGGACCUGAUGCAGAACUAUGACCCGGAGGCCAGUUACGAUGUGAACGAUGGCGAUCCAGAUCCUCAGCCUCGAUACACUCAGCUUAAUGACAACAGGCAUGGGACAAGAUGCGCAGGAGAAGUAGCAGCAGCCGCUAACAAUGACAUCUGUGGAGUUGGUGUAGCCUACAAUGCAAAGAUUGGAGGUGUGCGGAUGCUGGACGGAGAGGUGACCGACAUGGUGGAGGCCCAGUCUCUCAGUCUGAACCCUCAGCACAUCGACAUCUACAGCGCCAGCUGGGGCCCAGAGGAUGAUGGCAAAACUGUGGAUGGACCCGCCAAACUGGCCAAAGAAGCCUUCCUGCGAGGAGUCACAGAGGGUCGUGGUGGUUUAGGAUCCAUUUUUGUGUGGGCUUCAGGGAACGGAGGAAGGGACAAGGACAGCUGCAACUGCGACGGCUACACCAACAGCAUUUACACCCUGUCCAUCAGCAGCACCACACAAAACGGCAACGUCCCCUGGUACAGCGAGGCUUGCUCCUCCACCCUCGCCACCACCUACAGCUCGGGGAACCUUAAUGAGAAACAGAUAGUAACUACAGACCUGAAAUCAAAAUGCACGGACUCCCACACAGGCACCUCUGCUUCCGCCCCGCUGGCUGCUGGGAUCAUCGCUCUCGCCCUUGAAGCAAAUAAAAACCUCACCUGGAGGGACAUGCAGCAUCUGGUUGUUAGAACUUCUCGCCCUGGUAACCUGGUUGCAUACGACUGGAGAACCAACGGCAUCGGACGCAAAGUUAGUCAUUCGUAUGGAUAUGGUCUGCUUGAUGCCAGUGCAAUUGCAUCGCUGGCAAAGACGUGGAGUUAUGUGGGGCCGCAGAGAAAAUGUGUGAUCUCCAUGCUCAGUGAGCCGAGGAACAUUGGCAGCAAUUUAUCUAUUAACAAAACCGUGGAUUCCUGCUACGGCUCAGACAGUUACGUGACAUCAUUAGAGCACGUCCAGGCCCGGCUCACCUUGUCCUACAACCGGAGAGGAAACCUGGCCAUCCACCUCAUAAGUCCUGCCGGCACCCGCUCCACCCUGCUCCACCCCAGGCCUCAUGACUACUCAUCAGAGGGCUUCAACGACUGGGCUUUCAUGACCACACACUCCUGGGACGAGAACCCCAACGGGGUGUGGACAUUGGAGAUUGAGAACGUGGCCGGUGCCAGCGAUUACGGCACCCUGACCCAGUUCACCCUGGUUCUGUACGGCACCAGCUCACCAUCUUCCAGCUUUUCUGAAGUCUCUCAGUCCAGCGAUGACAGCUGCAAGACUCUGGACCUGAAAAUGAAAUGCAUCGAGUGCAACGCUGGCUACUACCCCUUCCAGGAGCGCUGUGUGAGAGAAUGUCCGGCGGGCUUCGCAGUGGGCUCUCAGCCUCUCAACUACACGGUUGGAAACGCCAUCCUCCCAGCCUCRGUCCUGGUCUGCCUGCCCUGCCCUGCGCCCUGCCUCACCUGCAGCAGCCUCAGCCCGGACUCCUGCCUGUCCUGCCUUCCUCACAGCUCCCUGAACUUGGGCAGGUGCCUGCACAACGGCCAAUACAUGCGCGAGACCCCCGGCAUCAUCAUGGGRGAGCAAGUAAACACAAAGUCCCAGCUGGAACUCGACUCCCGUAUGCCCAUCACCAUCGCCGUGCUGAGCUGCAUGGCCAUCAUUACCACCUUCGGAGGCGUCUUCCUCCUGCUGCAGCUGCGCUCAGGCGCUCGCAUCAAGCUGCCCUCUCUGGAGGCCGGGGGCGGCUUCAGCCUGGGGGGGAACAGGUUGGUGUCGUACCGCGGCAUCCCGACCGUGUGGGGCGAGGAUGGGUUCAAUACAGACUCUGAAAACGAAGAGUUUGACGUCCACAAUGAGAGGACUGCCUUUAUCAAAACACAAAGUGCUCUUUAAUACCUCCACGCUUCCCUCCUCCUCCUCCUCCUCCUCCUCUGCUUUUGACAUCUCAUCCCCAUUCGUCUGAUAAUUCAGGGCCGCUGGUUUCUGUCCUCGCUGUUUCUUUUUUUCUUUCUGUUCUUCUGUCUCAUCAGAUUCUCACCAGUUUCCUGCUGUAGGAACUGCUGGUCUUUUCUGCUGAGGGAGGCCUGAUGGAAGCUGCUGUUUCCUAAAUCUGAGGCUGGUCUGAGCUUUGCUCCGUUCACACAUGGGUGCAUUUCAAUUGAAGUGGCUCUUCCCUCUUUUUACCCCCCAAAUCGCUAAGAUUGUCUGUUUGUGCAGAGUCCAUUUUCCCUCCAGCUCCAUUUCUUUUUUUCUUUUUUUUGCUGCAGUAAACAGACUAUUGUUA